AUGGCCCUGGCCUUCACCAUUCUGCUCCUGGCGGGGACAGUGGGGACAGCUUCCAGGGCUCAGCCCGUGCUGACCCAGCCAUCUUCUGUGUUGGUGCUGCCUGGGCAGGCUGCUCGGCUGUCCUGCACCCUGAGCCCCCCAUACAAUAUCACCAAGUUUGGCAUCUCCUGGUACCAGCAACGCCCGGGGCACAGCCUGAGGUAUCUGCUCUAUUACAACUCUGAGCAAGACAAGCACAAGCCUGCCAACAUUUCUGACCGCUUCUCUGCUACCAAAGACCUCCCCAGCAACGCCUGCAUCCUCAUCAUC